ACAAAGAGCGGGAAAAUACAGAAAUUAUUGGCGCCUUAAAACCCUACUCACCCAACACCCAUCACGCCCAAAUUGCAACUCUCAUCCGAUCUCAUCUCCGUUCGAUCCCCACACUGUCAUCUCCACCUCGCUUUCUUUUACUUCCAAUUUCACCACAUAUUAGCUAUAGCACAUCACCAAUAAGCUUCUGAUCGUACGGAAAUGGAAGGUUUAUCAACGAUCUGCGCUGGUCUCGGGAUAAUCGACGAGGACGAUGAUGGAAACAGGACCGGAUACACUCCCGGAGAAUACUGUUUAGAUAAUUUGAAGGAUUUGUUAAGGUUUCUACGCCGUGAUGAUCCACAAAUGCGAGAAGUAUUUAAGCAAGUCUGUAAAUGGAAUAUUGUAGCCAAGGAUUUGAUUCCGAUUAUUGAGCAUUGUCAAAAUGAUCGUAAUCUCGUCCUCAAUUCAGUGAAAGUUUUAGUGUUUCUCACCAUGCCUGUUGAGCCGGGAUCCAAUGAUAUACCACAACAAAUAGAGUACCUAUGGGGGUUGAAAACUGCAAUUAGCUGUAGUGAUAUUAUCGCAAUCAUAGUGUCACUUUUAGAGACCCCGCUCGAGAAUUUAGAAAGUGAAGCAUUUACAGAGGAUGACUGGAAAUUGGUCCAGCUGGUGCUUACCUUAUUUCGCAACUUACUAGCUGUUCAGGGUGUGUCAAUUCAGCAGAAACUUGGGGGAUCAACCUCACAAUUCUUGUCCGUGAGAGAUAGGUUUCUAGAAUUGUUGUUCAAAGAAAAUGUGACCGACUUGAUUCUAGCACUCACACAACAUGUUGGCGGCCCUUCUGAAUAUUUCCGUCAAGAUAAUUUACUUUUAUUGGAAACAGUCCAUUACUUAUUGAUGGGUCAAGAAUCAGAGUUGGUUGCAAAAGCAAUUAGGAAAGACACACAGGAAGCUGGGGCUGCUGAAGCUACUGUAAGCAGUCUUCAGUCUAUGAUGGAAGAGGAAGAAGAAAGAAGAAGGCUUAUCAGAUUGCAGAAUCUAGGGAUUUCUUCACAGUAUACUGGAUCUUUUACCCGCUUUACAAUGGAUGGAUCUAAAACAUUGUUUAAGGGAAAUCCAUGUGCUGCUUCUCUUGAUGCAUUGCUCAAGACCCACAAGAAUCCCAAAGGUCCAGCAAAAAGAAUGGCGUGGGACCAUGGGAGACUACCGUCAACAAAUGAUAAUAUACUACAACUGCUUCAUGAAUUCAUCAACCAGCUAUUGUCGGGAGGUUACAAUGUUUUAAUGCAGUCUGUUCGCGAGGAUAUAGAAAAAGAACACCCUGCAAUUCAGAACAGCGAUGUUAUUGUCUUUUUUAAGGUCGCCCAAUUUGUCACUGCAUUCCAGUAUCACAAAUUCUUGGGUUCAAAGCCCUCUGAUGAAGAGAAUGCAUCUGAAGCCUUUACAAAUCAGUCUGAUAGCACUUUGUUUCAAGGCAGUAUAUGCGGGCCAAUUGCUGAAACAAUGAAUGAAUCAAUGUUUCUUUUGGUCACUUCGAAGUGGCGCUAUGCAUUUGAUGCAUUGAAGGAGACAAAUGAAUAUAAUUUUCUAUCCGCUGCAGGAUCUCUGAUGAGGAUUAUGAUUCGUAUGCUAGAUAUGGUGUUAAAGCAGUCCCAGGAAGACUGUAUGGAGCCUCAAACAGCUCGGAUCCUUCUUUACAAAUUAUUUUAUGACCAAACUGAUCAAGGGAUGACACAGUUCAUUUUGAACCUCAUCAAAUCAUUUGAUACACAUAAACAAGCCAAAAGUGAUCUUGCUGAUUUGAUAGAGAUUAUACAUGUGAUUAUAAGGCUGAUGGAGAACCUUCAAGCUCGUGGCACAUUAAGGGUUUCUAAGAAGUCAAGGAAGAGAAAAACAAAGAAAAAUUUUAAAGAUGAGAAGGACAAUGCUAAUGAAAUAGUUGGAGAUCAUAUUACUAGUCAAGAUGAGAUCGGCACCUCUGGUUGUGCAAUUCCACCUGUUGAUUCAAGCAAUACAGAACCUACAAGUCAAGCUAAUGACGGGAAGGAGAAUGUUUCUGAACCUCUUCAGGUCAAUAAAGAACAUACGCCUAAUGUAGGAGAAAAUUCUGGAAGUAAUAAGCAGGAAAAUGUUAGCGAACCUUUUCAGGUUGAUAAAGAUGAUGCACCUGAAGUAGAAGCAGCAAAUCCUGGAAGUAAUAUGCAGGAAAAUGUUAGUGAACCUCUUCAAGUUGACCAAGAAGAUGCACCUGAUGUAGAAGCAGUAGAUCCUGAAGGUGAUAUGCCGGAGAUGGAAGGCAAUAACAAUAAUGGAAUCGAAGAUUAUGGAGCAGAUGAUUCUUCUGAAGGGGAGCAGCAGCUGGGGCAUUUAGAUGAAGUUGAUUUCAAGAUAUCUACUUUGAUCUCUGCCCUUGCAAACACCACCAUCAUCCAAAGAUUGUGCUGGUUACUGAAAUUCUAUAAGAUCAAUUCCAGCAGUACAAAUCAUUACAUUAUAUGCAUGCUUCAAAGGAUCUGUGAUGAUCUGGAACUUUCUCCCAUGUUAUACCAGCUGUCACUCCUUACUACAUUUCACAGUAUUCUGGUAGAGCAGAAAACAACUCCAUGCAGAGGAUACAAGAACAUUGUUGACUUUCUGACAAAUUUGGUAAGAAGAAUGCUGAGGAAAAUGAAGGCUUCUCCCCUUCUCUUUGUGGAAAUUCUUUUCUGGAAAACACGUAAAGAAUGCCAUUAUAUUAAUUGCGAGUCUAUGUUAAAAGACUUAUCUAAUAUGAGGAAGGACUACAACAAAAUGGGUCAAAAUUCCACCGAUGGAGCAGAUGGUUCCUUUGAAGGAAGAGGAUGGAAUCGAAGAAGCAUAGCUGAUGCACUUGGGGAUGAUGAAGCUGAUGAUUUCAUGCCUUUCCAUGUGGCAGCUAAUCAAAAUGAGGAGAAUCCCUGCACACCAGAAGGUAAUAAAUUCUUGAAAAGGAGUAUCAGUAAUAUGGAAGAGGCAAAUUCUGAUGAAGGAAGCAAUGGGAAGGAAAAUUCGAAAGAUAACCAGCCUGGAAGGGUACAUAAAAAACUGAAAGUGCUAGGUGUUAAUGACGAUCUGGACAAUAAAAUGAAGGACCUUUAUGAAAAACAUAAGGGCAAGGAAAACUGUAUUCAGCUUAUUGUGGAAGAGCUUGAGUUGGAUGGGAAAAUUUCAAAUCGUGAAGUUUCCAGAAAGCUUAAACAGUUGGGAUUCAAGUUUCCACAAAAGAGGAGAGUUCUUAAAAAAGGCGUCUCUGAUCAAGUUAGGGAAGAUGCUAAGGCAUCAGCAAGUGAAGUAACACAUCCUGAUUUGCAAGAAAAUUCUUCAGGACGAGGGGUUCUGCACACUAGAAAAAGAGUGAGUGCAUUCAGUGAAGAGCAGGAAGGGAUGAUUAUAAGUUUAUUUGAACAGUUUAAAGGUCAGAAGCGGUGCAGUUUCAUGAUUGCAAAUGCACUUGAUGCUGAUGGCUCAUUUACAGCAGCCCAAGUUUCUAGGAAACUGAAACAGCUUGGCUUACGUGUUCCUCAACCAAAGAAGUCUAGUUCGCACUUGCAUUUGAGGGACGAGGAGCCUGAUGACAUGUAUGAUGAAGGCUUUGAUGAUGCUGACACAUUGUCAUCACUAAGGAAAAGGACGAAGAUCAAGCUCAAUACAAACAAUGGGGCAGAAGGGCCAGAUGAGAAAAUAGUAGAGAAAGUUUCACCGGAGGAUUCUGAUGAUGAACCAUUAAGCUCUGUUGUGGGGAGCAAGACCAAGUUCCAUACAAAUGAUUUGGCGGAAAGGCCAAACCAGAAGAUAGCUAAAAAGGUUUCGCAGGAGGAUUCGGAUGAUGAACCAUUAAGCACUUUUGUGGGGAAAAAGACCAAGCAGAAGACGGGCAAUGUGGCAGAAAGUACAAUCCAGGAUAUAACCAGAAUAGUUUCACAAGAGGAUCCUGAUGAUGAAUAUUUAAGCUCUAUUGUGGGGAGCAAACAUGAGCAGCCAACUGAGAAAGGAGAUAUUGCAAAUGAUGUUUCUUUGCACAUUGAUGAUGACAGAGAGGAUGAAGUAAAAUUUUCAAGCAGGAAGUCCCCAACAGCUGGGGACAAUCAACUGCAUUAUCAGAAUUUGCAUGAUGAGUUGGGCUAUCAAUUGGCUGAUUUUGAGGAUGAUGUAACCCCUGUUGCACCUGAGAAACACGUCGGAUCAAGAAGGAAACUAAGAAUGGUCUUGGACCUUGAUGAUGACUAAAUUAUGCUUGUGAGCCGUGAACGAAGGAAAAUGAGAAUGGUCUUGGACCUUGACAAUGACUAAGUUUCGCAUUGUGAGCUGUAAACCCUAGUUUUUUCUUCAUAUUAUUAUAGCUACUGCAUACAAGUGAUCGAAGUUUUGGGCUGUCAGUGAGUUGGUAAGUUAAACACAUUGUCAAUGUAAAGUGUAAAGUACUCUUGCUUCUGAAUGCGGACAAAUAUAAAGGUUUGUGUUUGGCACAUAAAUAUGCACAUGAUUCUCCUUUUCACAGUUGGGAAAAAUGAUAAAAUGCACCUGACACUUGCAAAAGAAA